GGUGUCUCCUAGAGAAACUGGGGCGUGCCACCAUCGGAUAUGUCAUGUGAAUUGGCACAUGCUGAGGGGGGAAAACUAGUUUGGCCGCAGACUGGAUCGGAGAGAGAAUAGAACCCGUACUAUUAUAAAGAGAUCCCCGAGAGUACGUGCAGCGCCCGUUCUGCAACCUGCUGCAUAGAGCUCAGGCUUUGUUUAUACGGCACUGAUUAUCUGAAAGUGUUAAACAGGGUUCGCCGAGCAAAGAGGGUUUUACACUCAUCAAUUAAAACACCUGGAGACGUGUGCUGAGUGUUCUCUGUAUAGGGAUGUCCUAAAAGUCGUUUAAAAACACAGCGUACUAUUGUCCACAUAUAUAUGUAACAUCGGUACUUUGUGCAGAACGUUCACCUGCGGGGUCCUGACACAUCAGCCCUAUUACACACUUUAGGUUUUUUCAAAUCAGGGAAUGUCAAGCAAAGCUCCCUGGAGACCACUUACCGCCGGAAUAUCCCGCUAAGCAAGAAGACUUCGGACCCUGCCACAAUAACCAGACCUAAGAAUAAAUGGCCGCUGUCACAGCACUGUUAAAUUGGCAAUUACGAGAGGGUUGAGUUCCACUCCAGCAUAUCAUGCAACAUCAGUAAUCCGGAACAUAGGGAUUUCAACUUCACUUUCAAGACCAUAUUAUUAAUGUUUGGACCAUCCUCAUAUUCAUAUCCACAAUGAGAGCACAGAUAGAAGUUAUCCCUUGUAAAAUAUGUGGAGACAAGUCAUCUGGAAUACACUAUGGUGUAAUUACCUGUGAAGGUUGUAAGGGUUUCUUCCGAAGGAGCCAGCAGAAUAAUGCCAGCUAUUCAUGCUCUCGACAGCGUAACUGUCUAAUAGAUCGUACUAACCGCAACCGUUGCCAGCACUGCCGGCUUCAGAAGUGCCUGGAACUUGGUAUGUCCCGAGAUGCUGUGAAGUUUGGUCGAAUGUCAAAAAAGCAGAGGGAUAGCUUGUAUGCUGAGGUUCAGAAGCACCAACAAAGCCAGGAGCAGGUUCUAGGCAGAGAAGGACCAGACAUAGUUCCUUUGGGUUAUCCCACUAGUGUAAGCAGUGGCCUAUCUGACCUAGAAGACCUAAGUGGCUUGCCAGAUGGUCUGCUCUUCGAUUUCCCCUUAACCCCUGAUGAGGGUAGUUCUUACUACAGCUUGGAGCUGCCACUUUCUACACAGCCCUCUCCAGACCCUAGCCAAGGCUCUACGCCAGAACAACUGAGUGGACAUUGCUCUAGGGGUCCAGGAGAUGACCAAACUGUGAUGGACAUUAAUGCUACAGAAAUAGAUUGUGCGUCACAGAACAUAAUCCGAUCCCAUUUAGACACUUGCCAGUACACAAGUGAAGAGCUUAGCAGGAUGACCUGGAGUGUUCAUUCACAGGAGGAUGUCCGCAGACUUCAAAGCAAGCCCUGUGAGGUGAUGUGGCAGAUAUGUGCCAUCCAUAUAUCGAAUGCAAUUCAAUACGUGGUGGAGUUUGCAAAACGUCUGGAUGGUUUCAUGGAACUUUGUCAAAAUGACCAGAUAGUGCUGCUUAAAUCAGGUUGUCUGGAAGUCUUGCUUAUUAGAAUGACUCGGGUGUUUAACCCCAGUAACAGUACAGUGCUUUUUGAAGGAAAGUUUGGAGGAAACCAAAUGUUUCGAUCUCUAGGAUGCGAUGACUUGGUAUCGACCAUCUUUGAUCUGGGGCGUGCUCUCUGUAAUUUGGACUUGUCAGACAAGGAAAUUGCACUGUUCAGUGCAGCAGUUCUGAUGUCUCCAGAUCGCCCUUGGCUAACAGAAUCCAACAAAGUGCAAAAGCUUCAAGACAGAAUAUUUCUGGCCUUGCAAAAGGAACUACAAAAGAGACACUGCGGUGACGAUCUUUUGACAAAGCUGAUUUCUAAACUCCCACUCAUGAAAACCAUCUGCAACCUUCAUUUUGACAAGUUGGAGUUUUUCCGUCUUUUUCACCCGGACACAGCCAAUACUUUUCCUCCUCUUUAUAAGGAAGUGUUCAGCUCUGAGCUUCAGUACACUGACCUACGGACCAGUUAGAGUAAUGACAUUUGUGAAUAUAAACUGUGAAAAAAACGCAUCACCACUUCCUUUUGGAUAUUAUCAAAAACAUUGGAAGGUUCUUAAUGACGUGGUGGUCUGGUUGAAGUUUCCAUUGUCUCUGUGUUCAUGUCGCAGCUCACACAGAUAUUUGGAGGUGAAUAACAUGGCAUCCGCCUGCUCCUUGGAAAGAAUGGCUAAUGUCAUCUGACACUGGAUAACUUUUGCUGUUGACUACAUGAAUUGUUCACAUUGAUGAAUUGUCUUUGAAAAUGACCAACUACUUGUUCUGUGAUAAGUUGCUUAUGCCAUACAUAGGACAUAAAGUUCUUUCUGACUACUUUUGAAUGUAUUACAGUCACCAAGUAUUCUACAGGGUGACUCCCUGGUAAACCAUAUUUACGGUUGUUAAGGUUUCUGUGGACUUGAUUACAUUGCCACAUCAUCCAGUAGGCAAAGACAUAUAAGAAUACUGUAUAGCGGUGUUAUGCCAACAUCUGCAUACACCAACUAUCCAGCUAUAGUAUUCUAUCAUAUUUGACUUAAUUUGCCAAUGUCUCCAUUUAACUGGAAAGUUGGUUCCAUCUGUCACACCAGAAUACUGGUCUUGAAUCUAAAUGGAGGAGUAAUAGAAAACUAGAUACAUGCUUAUUUUGGGUUGUAAGCACCUAAUACCAAAAUCUAGCACUGCUUUUUCAAAAAUAAAACAUUGUUUCUUAGGCUCUUACUUGUGAAUGUCAGACAAUUAUGUAUGUUCUUUAUAUUUGUAGUUUGUGUUGUCCAUCUAAUGGUAAUUAAGAGAAUGUGGGAAAUGAUUCGCAGAUUUAGUUUGAGUUUAAGACUUCAAGAUACUUGUUGCAACUAUAUUACAACAAAGGUAUUGAGUGAUUUGGACAUUUACUUGAUUUCUGCAACUGUAUGCUAGAACCACUAAACCUAAAAUGCAAAUUGCAGUGUGGAAAACAGCAACUAACUAUAUAUACAAAAAACACAAUUAGAAUUUAUUAUAAAAGUUUUAUUUAUAAAGUUGCAACAUGCUGUGCUUCACUGACCCGAAAAUUGUAUUUAGGUACUUCUUAAUACUAACACACAGGGGGGAAAUUUAGUCAGGAGCCCAGUAACCUGCAAUAAUGUUUUUGAACCGGGUGAGGAAACUGGAGUAAAUACCGUAGGAAAACCCACACGUACAUGUAAAGAAUAAACACUGUGCCGAUUCUAACCUAGAUUCUAACCUGGGAAAUAAUUACCGUAUAUACUCGAGUAUAAGUCGACCCGAAUAUAAGCCGAGGCACCUAAUUUUACCACAAAAAACUGGGAAAAAUUACUGACUCGAGUAUAAGCCUAGGGUGGGAAAUGCACGGUGCCAGGGGUUUUCAUGCUCAGGGUGUCAUGCUCGUUGCCAGGGGUUUCAUGCGGUAGGUGUUAUGCUUGUUGCCAGGGGGUAAUGCUUGUUGCUAGGGUUGUGCCCCCAGUGCCAUAUAUACCCCCAGUGACAGAUAUCCCCCCACAGUGCCAGAUAAAAACAUGCCCCCGUUGCUUUGCCCCCAGUAGUUAUGCCCCUUCUUUGCCCCCAGUAGUUGUGCCCCCUCUUUCAUUGCUCCCAGUAGUUAUGCCCUCUCUUUCUUUGCCCCCAGUAGUUGUGCCCCCUCUUUCAUUGCCCCCAGUAGUUAUGACCCCUCUUUCUUUGCCCCCAGUAGUUGUGCCCCCUUUCUUUGCCCCCAGUAGUUGUGCCCCUCUUUCUUUGCCCCCUGUUGCUGUGCCCCCGUCGCCGCUUACAAACACACAAACACACACAAAAACAAUACUUACCACUGCCCCGCUCCUGCUUCCCGACCGCUUCUUCUGCUGCUGCGCUGCUCCGCUCCGUCUGUCCGCCCGCUCCGUCUGGCCGCCGCUCCGUCUGGCCGCCCGCUCCGGCGCCUGCUUCCCGGCACCCGAUCAUCUCUAUGGGAGAGACGUCAUGACGUCUCUCCCAUAGCAACGCCGCACAGACACUAGAGGUCAAUAAUGACCUCUAGUGUCUGUCCCUGGAGCCGGCUGCAGCGGACGCCCACACAGCCCACGGCGUCUGCUGCAGCCGUUGACUCGAGUAUAAGCCGAGGGGGGCUUUUUCAGCAUAGAAAAAUGUGCUGAAAAAGUCGGCUUAUACUCGAGUAUAUACGGUAAGUCCACAUCACCAGUGCUGCAAGGCUAACCACUGUGCCACUGUACAUAAAAUGGGAACUACCUUAAUACCCAUCAGAGUAUAGGGACUUUGACAUAUAUGAAUGUCAUAAAAUGCCUUUUCAUUUUCAUCCAGCUGGUAUUUUAGAUUUAGUGGCUCUUUAAUAUAAAUAUUGCCUGUGAUACAUGGAUACUGCUCCUGUGUCUGAUACUGUGUCUCUGACAGUAGGUAGAUCAGGGAUAAAGGACCUAAUACUUUUGACAAUCAAUUAGCUUUGCUUUUUAUCGAUGAGCAAAAUAUCUGUUUGUGUUGCCCUUGAAAUCUGUUAGAUGUGACUGGGCACAAUACAGACAUAUACUGCUAGGCCAUAACAUUGUACACACUGGAAACAACAACUUUUUGUAAAAAUACCGUAAUAUUUACAUAAUGUAUUUUUCUGAUUGUGAAAGAAAUGUCUUUGUUGGUCUUUGAAUGUCACUAAGGAUGACAUCUAUUUUUGUAAAGAAAACAAACAAGUAAAUAUAUGUGUAUUUUGAAAGGAUUGUGAGAAGGUGUAGAUGCAGAAUGUCAAGGAAGAAAUAUUAGUAUUAAUGUUUUUUGUUUUGUUUUAUUUUAUUGUAGCAAAGGGAUCAGUACGUAAUCCCGCUGGACGGGAUCCCGGCGGUCGAAAUACCGACGCCGGAAUCCCGACCACACAAUCCCGACAGGGGUGGCGAGCGGAACGCAGCCCCUUGCGGGCUCGCUUCACUCGCCACGCUGCGGGCACGGUGCCUCGCUACGCUCGGCACACUAUUAUAUUCUCCCUCUAUGGGUGUCGUGGACACCCACGGAGGGAGAAUAUGUCGGGAUUGUGGCGGUCGGGAUUCCAGCGUCGGUAUUUUGACCGCCGGGAUCCUGUCCAGCGGGAUGUUGAUCGCAUCCCGUAGCAAAUAUAUAGGUUCUGCAUAUGUGUCUGUUUCAUAAAAGGAAAAUUCAUGAUUUAAUAAAAUCUGUGCUUAAAGAGA